UACGCGUUCGGAUUAAAUUAAAAGAACUUUCCAAUUCUACACGAAUUUACUCUCUCUCCUCCGUUGAAAACUCAUAAAAGUUAAAAAAAAAAAAACAUUCUUUUGUCAAUAUUAAACGGAGAAGAAGAUGUAGUAAGAAUAAAAAAGGGAAAUUCCGAUACGAUUACCAAAUCCAAACUCUGGAUAAUCUAUAAAUUCGCUUUCAAUUUUUUUAUUCACAUUUCCAGAAAAUUGGGAAUCCCCUUAUUGUCAAUUUUGCUGUAAAUUUGUGUGGAAUAUAUUACCAAAUCUGUUUGGCCCUAGCUUUCUGGUUUCUUCUACUGCUAUGCAGAGUCAGUUGGUGUGCAGUGGGUGUAGGACAAUUCUUCUUUAUCCGAGAGGAGCUACUAAUGUCUGCUGUGCAGUGUGCAAUGCCCUCACCCCUGUCCCACCUCCUGGAAUGGAAAUGGCUCAGUUGAUAUGUGGAGGCUGUCGCACCUUGCUGAUGCAUCCACGUGGGGCAACUAGUGUGAGAUGCGCCUGCUGUCAUACGGUGAACCUUGUGCCAGGCCGGAGAUGGAAGAGUCCAUGUUCCUGUGCACACCCCAAAUGGUGGUGCUACAUCCUCUGCAGGACCCAUUUCUUCAACUGCUACAGCCCGUUCACAGAAUCAAACCGUGGUCGUUCAGAACCCUAUGUCUUUAGAUGAAAGUGGCAAGUUGGUGAGCAAUGUCGUUGUUGGUGUGACGACUACGACUUAGGAUUAUCUAUGGAAUGCAAUAGCAGAAGGAUUAAGAUUCCUAUGUAUGUGAAGUGCACUAGUUGAAGGGAGUAAGGUUUUUGUUUGCUUCCAUUGGAAUGAUGAGUACAAAGGUGGUGCUAUAUAGAUAUGGUAAUAUUUAGAGCUAGUAUCAAAGCAUUUCUAGAUUGAAGAACUGUACCUGAUGUCGGACCAUUUGUGAUAACAAUCACAAAGUGAUUGGAAGAUUUAGGCUUCAGGGAUGUGUGAUUUUUGGAGUCGGUAAUUGUUGUGAAAUUAGAUUCUGUGGUAUGAAUACGCCCGAUGAUUCAAAGUACAGAAUGUUGAUAUGUACCAUUUGUCCUCUUGUUAAUAAAAUUGAAUCAGCUUGGUUUAUAUGAUCA